AUCUUGCGGAAAAACUGGAUCAAGCCGAAACACAAUUGCAGCAGAGUGGCAGAGUAUCCAGUUUUCCUGGUGGUAUGGGAGGAAGUCGUAGUAGUGUUACCUCAUCACAAUCCGUUGGAGGUUCAUCCGCAGGCGGUGCAACAGCAACAGCACCUCCACCUGAAAAGAAAAGAGUGGAAGAAAGCCCACUCACAGCACAUGGUUUGAUUUCUCAAGUCCUUAAAAAUGUUCUGUUUAAUAAACCGCAACCUCUUGUUGAACAAAAUAAAACCGAAGUAGAGAUUCUCCCCGAUGCUUGA